UUUCCCUUCUUCUUCCCGAUCAUUCUCCUCCUCCCGGCUUUUGUUUUUGUUUUGUUCCCUCUUUCACAGAUCGAGAUUAUACUUAAUCCACGAACAGCCCAAUCUAGCCCGACUAUCUCCUAGAGUUAGGGUUUUCGAAUUCUGCGAACAAAACCUAUAAUCGUACCUUUACUUCCUUCGACUUUUUACGUCGCUGAAUCAAUGAUGGAUCUGGAGACGGAGAAUAGAAUAGCCAAAAUUCUUUUGGAAGAAGCAGCAGAGUUGCGGCGGCGAGCAGAUAAAGAAGGUGUGCAUGUUUAUCUUCAGAAGCCUGGAGUAAGGGGCCGUCCUAAUUCACGCUUCCUCACAGCAACCGUUCUUGGUGUGCAGCAAGCAAAUAAAGCCGUUGAAGUGAAUGAGAUGUGGCGACUGCGACAGAAAGAGCUUGAGCUAGAUGAUAGGCGCAAGGGCAGAUCUAGAGAAGAGAGCAGCAGUGGCAAAAGUCAUAAGGACAUCCGAAGAUCUUCCAGCAGCUCCAUUAAGAAAUAUGCCAUGAUUGAUGAGAACACUCAAAAUUCUUGCCCAUCAAGGAAACGAAUAGUUGACAGAUCUUGUUCAAAACAGGAUGAAGGUUUAAGAGAUGAAGAAGUUGAGGAAUUUCUACAGUCAAGGCUUAAGCGUGGUCGAGGUUGCGUGGGUUCAAGAAUGGAUGAAACGGGUCCUUAUCCUUGUUCACCCAUCUCUGAGAGGCUACCGACAAAUUGUGAUGAAAGGGAUCAAAGAGUUGCCCUUGGUCCGGCAAAGCCAUUUUCCUUGAGGUCCAAGGAAUCCUCUUCUAGUGAAGAGGAGCAUCAUGAGCAUGAGCGAAAAGAAAAGGACAAACACCGAUCAAAACGCUCUGAAAAAAGGCACUCAGAGAAGCAUAAAUCCAAGCGUAAGUCUACGGAUUUCCUCCUAUCAUCCAUACUUUGA